GAAUUUAAAAACAAACAAAACAAUAACAUGUCCAACAUGGAAUACGCAACAAAAACUGAAAUCUACCAAAAAAUCAAGAAACCUUUAUUGGAACGUCAACGUCGUGCUCGCAUCAACAAGUGUUUGGAUGGCCUUAAGCAAUUAAAGGUCGAUUUGAAUGGCAAUAGUAAAAUUUUACGCAUGGAUAAGGCUGAGAUGUUGGAAACCACCAUUGUCUACCUGAGACAACAUGUUAAACAACAAAAAAUGCAAACUCAACAAAUUCCCAUGGAUUCAUUCCGCAACGGUUAUAUGAAUGCUGUUAAUGAAGUGUCACGUGUUUUGGCUUCCACUCCUGGUAUGACUGUUGAAAUGGGUAAAUCUGUUAUGACACAUUUGGGUCGUUCCUACAAUAGAUUGCAACAAGAACAUGAACAAAGAGAACAACAGCAGCCCUUAACUAUUGACUGUCCUUUAAGUCCCGCUUCGUCUGGUUAUCACAGUGAUGAUAGUGAUUCACCCGCAAUAUCCCCAGCAGCUAUUCCUGCACCUGUAUGGAGACCUUGGUAAUCAAAUUAAAAAAAAAACCAACUGCUUAAGAAUUUUCUCAACUGAAAAUCCUUUCUCAAUUACUGUGAUCUUCAUCAUCAAGAAAUAACAAACAAAAACCUCAACUGUGAUAAACUCAAACUGUGAUACAAACAAAAAACCCCUAGA